AUGAGGUGCGAGCUCCACGUUGGAGGGAUGCGCAGAGAUAAGAAUAGAGAGGAGGGAGAGGAGGGAGAGGAGGGAGAGGAGGGAGAGGAGGGAGAGGAGGAAGAGGAGGAAGAGGAGGAAGAGGAGGAAGAGCAGGAAGAGGAGGAAGAGGAGGAGAAGAAGAAGCAGGAGAAGAAGAAGAAGAAGAAGAAGAAGAAGGAGAAGAGUAGAAGAAGAAGUAGGAGAAGGAGCAGAAGGAGGAGCAGGAGGAAGAAGAGGAGGGAGAAGAAAGAGAGAGAGAGGACAGAGAGAGGACAGAGAGUAGAGAGAAUGUAG